UCAGCUAUGAAUAAAGUCAACGGUUUACUAAAAUCAGAACUCGACCAAUUUUAUACCAACCCUUUAACCGCCAAAAAACUUACCAGCAUUUUCCUCGAAAAAAUAAAGGAACUAGGCUAUAAAAAAAUAACUUUUAUUGAACCAUCAGCCGGAACCGGAAACUUUUGUCAGGCGAUUAGAGAACUUAGCAAAACCAAUUCUUCCAUCAGCAAAAAGAUAUUAGCCUUUGACAUUGAGCCAAAAUCCAAGCAAGAAAAUAUUAUCAAGACUAAUUUUCUAACCCUAGAAUGA